AUGGAUUAUUUCAGAACUUUGGUUUAUUUUGUUCUCAUGGUGUCGCCCAUCGUCAGCGCAUCAUGUGAAUUACCUUCUACAUAUACAUGGACCUCAACCGGGCCAUUAACCAACCCGAAGGCGGGAUGGGUCUCUCUCAAAGACUUUACCACUGUACCCUACAACGGCCAACAUGUGGUAUACGCCACAACCCACGACACAGGCUCUGGAUGGGGCUCGAUGGCAUUCAGUCCCUUUCAAGAAUGGACGGACAUGGCAAAUGCGACGCAGAUCGCCAUGCAGGAAGGAACAGUAGCUCCAACAUUGUUCCAUUUCUCGCCGAAAAAUAUAUGGGUUCUCGCGUAUCAAUGGGGGACGACGUCAUUCUCUUAUCGUACGUCAACUGAUCCAACCAAGCCUGGAAGCUGGUCCGCUCCACAAUCUCUCUUUUCCGGCAAGAUCACGAACACCGACACCGGAUGCAUCGACCAAACAUUGAUUGGAGACGACACAACAAUGUAUUUAUUUUUUGCCGGCGACAAUGGAAACAUAUACAGAGCCAGCAUGCCAAUUGGCCAAUUUCCAGGCGAUUUUGGUACCAAAUCAACCGUGGUAUUGACUGACUCUAGAAACAAUUUGUUUGAGGCCGUGCAGGUCUAUACUGUUCUAGGACAAAACAAAACCACCUACCUUAUGCUUGUGGAAGCCAUUGGCGCCCAUGGUCGAUAUUUCCGGUCCUUCACCGCCUCCAGCCUGAACGGCACUUGGUCACCCCAGGCUACAAACGAGGCCCGACCUUUCGCCGGCAAGGCUAACAGCGGCGCAACAUGGACAGACGACAUUAGCCAUGGCGACCUGGUCCGGAACAGCUCAGAUCACACCAUGCCAGUAGACCCGUGUAAUUUACAACUGCUGUACCAAGGUCGUAAGGCCGGCUCAACUAGCGACUAUGGACUACUCCCAUACCGCCCUGGCCUUUUAACACUCUCUGGCAACACUGGGAAAUAA